AUGUCUCUGAUCCUUUGUGCUUCUCUGUUCAGAUCACUGCUCUUACUGCUGCUGGCCAUGCUGUCAGCCAGCAGUUCUGCCUACGGGAAGGUGAUACAGCCUGGACUCAAGGUGGAGAGCCUCUUCAAGCAGGCGUAUGCUGGAUGUCUGACACCAAAAGACUCAAAAUUCCCUCAGACUGUGAGAGUCAACAUAAGCAUCAGCAACACAAACCAGGACAACAAAAUGAUUCCUGACAUCAGCAGCCGCUCCCUGGCUCCAUGGGAUUACAGUAUAGAUGAGGACCACAACCGUUUUCCGCACGUGAUUGCUGAUGCCACGUGCCGGCCCAGGUGUGUGAAUUUGGACGGGCAGCUGGACCACAGACUCAACUCCGUCCCCAUCAAACAGGAGAUCCUUGUUCUCAGGAGGGAGCAGAAGGGCUGCCACCAAACAUACCGACUGGAGAAGAAAACCAUCACGGUGGGAUGCACAUGCGUCACCCCCUUGAUCCGACACCAGGCUUAA